AUGUCACUUGUAAAAUACAUAGCAAUAGGUAUGUUACCGUUAUUACACGCCGAAGGUCCAAGAUUUAUGCAAUUCGUUAAAGCUCUCAGUCCUGAAUAUGUGAUCCCGAGCAAAACAGUCAUAAAAGAUCGCUUAGAAGUCUUGUACCAAUCAGUGCGUAAAGAUAUACUGGCAACUCUUCGUAAUUUUUAUGAUGUGUCGAUUACAACGGACGCUUGGACAUCUCGUUCUGCAGUUUCAUUUAUUACAAUUACAGUACAUGCUAUAGAUGAGUUAUGGAAUUUAUACUCUGUAACUUUGAACACCUUGGAAAUGACUGAAAGUCACUCGGCAGCAAAUAUUUACCAUCAUUUAUGCAAUGCUUUAUCAGAGUGGAAUUUGGCAGAUAAAACAAUUGCUGUGGUCCAUGAUAAUGCACGAAAUAUGGUGGCUGCAAUGCGCGAAAGCUCUACUGCUGACAUCAAGAUCGGUCAAAGUGUUCGUUGCGUUUGUCAUUCGUUACAGCUUGUUAUAAAAAAAGCUUUUAAUGAAGAACAUUUUCAAAUACAUCUUCAAAAAGUUUCUGCAAUCGUUGGUCACUUUAAACAUUCAUAUAAAGCAACAAAAGCUCUUAAAGAUGCCCAGAAAUUACAUAAUUUACCUGACCAUUCUUUGAUUAGCUACUGUGUAACUCGUUGGAAUUCCGCUUACAAUAUGAUUGAACGGCUAUUGGAACAAAGACAAGCAGUUGAAAGUGUGUUACUGAAUCUUGAGUUUACAACUACAGUAAUGUGUAAAAAAUUGCUGUUACGUAAUUUAGAAUGGAAUUAUUUAAAAGACUUGGUUCGAAUAUUGAAACCGUUUGAAGUAGCAACGAAAAUAAUGUCUAGUCAAACGGAAUCAACUAGUGGAAUGGUACGGCCACUUAUUCAUUCAAUGAUAGAUAAGUUCUUGGUGCUUGAUGAUUCAGAUGACCCUCCGAAAAUUCAAUCACUUAAAGAAGUAUUUCGCGAAGAACUAGAAGCUCAGUUUUUGGAGGAAGAUUAUGAUUCCGUACCUGCAUUAGCCUGUUUUUUGGAUCCUAGAUAUAAAAAUAUGGCUGAUGAAACUCAAGAAUUUCGAGAGUCGGUCCAAGAAAAAAUUUUAGAAAUUAUGGCCAAAGAAAAUGUUAAAGAGACACCAGCAGCUAUCACUAAAAAUAAGAGAGAGAAAAAUUUGGACUAUCUCUUUAAUUGUGAAGCCUUAUCUCAAAGCUUUGAGAGAAUGGCAAGCUUUGAAAGUGAUAAUCCAAAUUAUCUAGAUAAUGAAAAUGAAAGAGAAAUUAAUAGCUUCAAAAUGGAGCCAAAUAUUCCGCUUGGUGACAACCCUCUUCAUUGGUGGCACUCAAAACGCCAUAAGUUUCCUAAACUGGCUAGGCUGGCGAGAAGAUACUUAGGUGUCCCAGCAUCAACUAAGCCUAUCGGUUAG